AUGGACUAUAUGUUGGAUUCUGACCACUUUCGUCGCUCUCUUCGCUCUUAUCACUCUGGAGACUCCACCAGUGGUGCCACAGAGCCUCAACUGCAAUCUGUAUCUGGCCAUAAAGAGGCCGCUUAUUGGAGACUGGAAGAGGAGACCACCUUCCUUAGAUACCUCUAUGAUAACAGGUCUGGCACAGAUUGCGCCACCUUCCCCAAGAGAACCUAUACAGAAGCUUCUGCGCACCUUGCAAAGCACUUCAAAAACCAGAAGGGUGGGGACAAAACAAUUUCAGCCUGUAAGUCAAAGUUUUUGGCUCUCAAGAAGGCUUAUCUCGCCGCUCAAGCACUCAAAGUUGGUGGAUCGUCCACUUGGGCUGGAUAUGUCAAAUCAAAUCCGAAUGCCACGCAAUUCAAGAACAAAGGAUUCAAACAUUUUGAGAUCUUUGACUUGCUGACAGCUGGCAUAAAAGACAAAGGAAUUCACAUCUGUCGCAGUCAGAAAAAAAAUCGCACUGGCUCUACCGCAUCUACUACCAGCAUGCCCCCACCUUCCAUGAUACCUUCCACCAGCACUCACCCUCCUGCAGAACUCCACCUCCAUGAGUUAUCUAUAGCCACCAACGAGAUUUCUGCAGACAUGGGCCGUCUUCCUGCAUCUACUUCCACAUAUCCUCCCGCCACGUCAUCACGCAUUCCUUCGACAAGCCCACCCACAGCAUUGACAAGUACCAGCCAGGGCAAGCGCAAGGCCAGCGCACUGGGUUCUGACGGCGAUGCUCCAUCAGGAAAGCACUCUUGCCCACCAUCUGCAACUGCCAGAGCCCAGCUGGAGGGUAGUGCAGCGAUGACAUCACUUGUUACUGCAAUGGAGGCCGUGAGCAAGCAUCUUAGUGUACCCCCAGUUCUUGCGGCCCCUGUUGCACCUGCUUCUGACUUUGCGCAUGCCAUUGAAGUCAUCAGUGAUGCCACAUACAUGUCUGAUGAUGACAAGUUGGACAUGACGCAGUUGUUUGUGAGGGACGAAGAUCAGGCCACGGCGUUUUUAUACUUGAAGGGUGACAAUCUGAGGGCCAAUUGGGUGAAGAGGAGGCUCGGUGAAACUCGUGCCAUGCACAUUGAUACCGUCGAUUAA